CAUGUGCGUGCGGAGCUGCAGCGGCGGGAGCGGCGCGCGCGGGGCCUGCGGGUGCUGCUGGAGCGACGUGAGCCCCUGCGCGCGUGCAGAGCCCCCUCGCCCCGUCCGCGGAGUCGGGGGGGGGGGAGCGGGAGAGAGUCGAGGGAACUCCCCGCCACAAGGCGCCCGAAAGCCAGCCGGGGAGCCUCCCGGCUCAGCGCAGCCCACCCCGCCCGGAAUGGCUUCGUUGGGGCUUCUUCCUUGCGGGGGAGGGGUCGCCCUGGGGCCACAUUCCCCUCCAGGGGCCACCUGCUAGCAGAACCCUCUCCUCCAUUCAUCCUUCUCCAGCCGCCACUCCCGCCAUUCAGCUUCCUUGGUUGCCCUCCUCCUGUGUCCAAAGGGGGAGAAAAACUCUCCUCUCUCCACUUUCUCUGUGACAUUAAUCAUUUUACAAACUUCCUUUAUGCUGCCUCUUCAUCAACUUUACUCUUGACUAAAAGCCCCAAAGGCUGCUACCUUCCCUCAAAGGGGAGUUGCUUCAUCCCCUUGAUCAUAAUAGUGAUUUUGGUGGCCCUUUUCUGAACCUUCUCCAACUUGGCAAUAUCCUUUUUCAGGUGAGACAACCAGAACCACACAGAGAUACAGUCACAUCAUUGAUUUGCAGAACCUCAUUAAUUAUACCAGCAUGUUUUUUGUUUGCAAUUCCUUUCCCAAGGAUCCUUGGUGUGGGGAUUGGCCUUUUUUGCCGCUGCCACACCCUGGGCCCGCAUCUUUUGGAGCUUGAGGAUAGUUUCUGGUUAGACAAAAAUGCUGAGAGGCUAUAAAGCAGGAGCAGAGAGGCGUGUAGCCUAGCAAGAGUUUCGAGGGCCAGGCAGAAAGGACUGGAGGGCCGCUUCGCUGCCAUAAAGUAGGAAUAAGAUCUUUGAGCUCAUCUUCCUGCCGCUCUGCCUGGUGCAGAAUCCUGCAACUGCUACAGCAGCCCUCGCCUCCCUGGUGCCUUCCAGAGGUUGCUGGACUACAACUCCCAGUAGCCCCCAAGUGGGUGAAGGCUGAACCACAGCACCCAUUGGCUUGCGUGUUUCCUUAGCUGUGAUUCCUGCACCGCAGGGGGUUGAGCUGGAUGACCCGUAGGGCCCCUUCUGCUGGCAACCAUUGACUUGAACAUAAGAACCACCUGCUGGAGGGGCCAAAGCAGGGCCACCGAGCCCAACUUCCGGAUCUCGCAGCAGCCACCCAGACUCCUCUGAUGGAAAGCCGCCUGUCAGGAUUCAAACACAAGAGCAGCUCUCCCCAUAAUUUCCAGCAAAGGGCCUUCAUCCUCGCUAGUAGCCACUGAUAGGCCCGUUCUCCGCUGCGAAAGUGCCCGAUUCUCUUUUUAAAGCCAUGCAGGUUGGUGGCCAUUUGCUACCUCCUGUGGGAGGGAGUUCCGCAGGUUAAUGGCAUGCAGCGUGAAGAAGUUGCUUACUCUCCUCAGCCUUUUGAGAGGCAAGCGGGGCAGUGGAGGCCUGGGGUGGGGUUGCCCUUUCUAAUAGCUCCUGCUCUCUCCCCCUUUUCCCAGAGACCCCCUUCCUUCCCAGCCCCCUCCUGAGAGGCUCCUUCUUGCUCUUCCAGAUGAAAAGCUGCAUGGCUGCCUGGAUGCUAUGCAGACCCUCCUGGCAGCGGCGGAGGAGGGGCAGUGGCCGGCGGCCGUGGGGUCCUGCCGUUGCGGCAGCAGGUCGCCCUCCUGACAGACGUCCUGCGGGAGACGGAGGCAGAGAACAAGGAGCAGCGGGCAAAGAUGAGGUGCCUGGCCCAGGAUUUGGCUGCUCUGACCCGCCAGCAUGAGGAGGCACAGUGCCAGGCCUGGGCGCUUUUCCAGGAGGCUGAGGGGCUGCGCCGGGAGCUGGCCGAGGCGCAGGGACUCAUGCAGGAGGCGCAGCGGAAAAGGGAGGACCUCGAGGCGCGUUGGGUGCAGGAGAAGGCGCUGGAGGCCGGCCGCAUGAACCAGGCCAACGAGGAGCGCGACCGGUAUCAGCGGAGAGUCCAGUGCCUCCGAGAGAAGCUGCAGGAGGCAAGGGAAGUGGCCGGCAUGAUUCCCAGGCCGGCAGCUGCAGAAUCGUCCCCAAGUGACAACACCUUCAGCACGUCUUGCGAGGAAACCAGUGUAGAAGGUGGGAGCAGCCCAAAGGUCCGAUUCCUGAGGCAGCCCCCGCCCUGUGAAUGCAGCCUGGCCCUUUCCGAGGAACAUCUGCACGGCCGUCGGUGGGCUUGCUCAGUGGUCACAGCACGCUUGCAAUUGCACCCAGGUUCUUUACCUGGACCUCAGGGUGGGGGGGGGGAGAAAUCCAGCCGCGACUGCAUGUCACGGAGAGCGUGCUGGUUUUGUGAAUUGCUCAGGAAAAGGGAGCUAGCCACACCCCACAACCCAGGAGUCUACAAGUUUUUGGGGGUGGUGUGGCCUCAGCCCCCCCCCCGGAUGGGCAGCUAUCGAAAGCCCCACAUGGCUCUUCUUCUGCGGGGGGGGGGGGGGGUCAGGGAGCGUCUAGCCCCACAGCGGUGCAGCAAGAGGGGAGUCCUUGCUGCAGAUCUGAGAAUCUCUGGCAGGGGGUGCUAUUUUCACAGGAGCCCCCUUUCCACCGUUUUUAAUGCUCAAACCACUUAA